UCUGUGGAGAUGGAGGCGGUUCUGUCGAAGCCUCGGUUCCAACUGGACCUCUGGCUCGGCUUCACCGUCCACAAUUGGAUCCUGGAUGUGGGCCGGCCUGUUGUCAUGCUCGUCCUCCCAGCAGACUGGUUUCCCCUGAAUCGUCCUGGCGUUGCAGAAUACCUCCACAUCUUGUACAACAUCAGCACGCCGCUCAUACUGCUCAAAAUGCUUGAACGCAGCCCCAGGACAUUACCCCGCCCCGCCAUCCACCUCGGCAUCAUUGCCGUUGUCAUGGGAACCAGCCUCCACCUGGCGGCCGACUCCAUCACCCGACGGCUCCUGCUGAUUGGCUACCAGCUGCACCUGUCGGUCAGAGAGAAUCCAGUCAUGAGGAACCUGAAACCGUCCUCCCUGAUCGAUGCCUUUGAGCUUCUGUUUUACUUUGACGACACUCUUGGUCAUCUGAUGUGGUAUGUUCCUCUCUUCCUCGUCCUCUUCCUCUUCUUCAGUGGUUGUUUCCGUCACAGGAGACAGGAGGAGGAGAAGAUGCCGCUGGCAGCGUGGAUGCUACUGGCCCCCAGCGCCGCCUACUACUGGUACCUGAUCACUGAGGGACAGACCUUCAUCCUCUUCAUCUUCACCUUCUUCGCCAUGACCGCCACAGUGAUGCACCAGAGGAGGCGAGGCAUGGUUCCCGACGGCAACGGCCUCUUCAUGCUCUAUAGUUUCUCAGCAGCUCUGUUCCUGGUGGCGGUUUGGGUGGCCUGUCUGUGGAGCGACGGCGUCCUGAGGAAGAAGCACCCCGGGCUGAUCUACAUCCCACAGCCUCGCGCCGUGUACACACUCCACCUCCGUCAGGACACCCAGACAUAACAGAAAAAACACUUCCUCCAGCAGACAGAGCCGACUCAAGGUGUCACUUUAGGAACCAGACGCUCCAGAUGUUGAAGGGACAGAUAAUGGAUUUCCUCUCCUCGGGUUGUAACCUUCAAAUGUUGUACUGGUAAAAUGUUUUAAAGGUGUGAUCACAGAGGCUGUGUGUGUCUGAGUGUAGCUGAAAUAAAUUCCAACAUUUAAGCAAAGCUGUGUCACCGUGUACUGCAGGAAAAUAAUGUGUUUUUCAGGUAUCACAGAGUUGGAAACGUCUCUAAAUAAACAGCUUUUCACACUGA